UCUCAGUCACGUGACCAAGCACCGGCACGUUUUACCAUGGAACAGGUGGAAAUACGUCGCUUAAAACUGGAGCUGGAGGCCAAAGACAAGGAAAUUGAGAGACUGAGAGCAGCAAUGGAAGACAAGGCUGAUUUUGAAACAGUGACUGAAGUAAGUGGUCCAUCAACGGAAACAAGCAAAAGAGUCGCUGAGCUGACAAAAGAAGGUAUUGGUCGUUACAGCAGGCAGCUCAUUCUUCCUGAGAUAGGUGUUCCAGGUCAGUUAAAAUUACAGAAGUCCUCUGUACUGAUUGUUGGCGCUGGUGGUUUGGGAUGUCCAGCUGCAAUCUACCUGGCAGCAGCAGGGAUAGGUAAGCUGGGUGUUAUAGACUACGAUGAGGUGGAGCUGAGUAACUUGCAUCGUCAGGUGCUACACACAGAGGACAGAGUCGGUGUUGCCAAGUCGGCAUCAGCCACACAUGCAUGCAAGAGGCUGAACUCUUCAGUACAGUAUGUUCCGUAUCGACUUCAGCUGGACAGCUCAAAUGCCCUGGACAUCAUCUCACAGUAUGAUGUUGUGUUGGAUGCCAGUGACAAUGUGGCGACCCGCUACCUGCUGAGCGAUGCCUGCGUGAUGGCAGGGAAGUCCCUGGUGUCGGGUAGCGCCCUGAGGUUCGAGGGGCAGCUGACGGUGUACAACCACCAAAAGGGACCGUGCUACAGAUGCCUCUUUCCUAAACCUCCCCCUCCCGAAACAGUCACCAACUGCUCCGAGGGUGGUGUGCUGGGAGUAGUCCCGGGGAUCAUUGGGUGUCUGCAAGCCCUGGAAGCAGUGAAGAUCAUGGCGCAGAUAGGCACCAGUUUCAGCCAGCGCCUGCUGCUGUUUGAUGCCCUGGACGGGAUGUUCCGCACCAUCAAACUACGUCCCCGACAGCCGCAGUGUCCAGUGUGUGGAGACAACCCCUCCAUCACCCAGCUCAUCGACUAUGAACAGUUCUGUGGGGCCAGAGCUUCUGACAAGGAACAUGCCCUAACAGUAUUACAUGACACAGAGAGAAUCUCCCCAAAAGUUUACCAAGAGAUGCUAGUGAAGCGGUCACCUCACGUAUUGGUGGACGUACGGACAGAAGUGGAGAUGGGCAUCUGUCAACUACCACACCCAUCAGUCAAUAUUCCAAUAUCUUCAGUAAACAAAGGUGAUUGUAUAGAGAGGUUGAAAGCCUCCAUCAAGAAACAGUCGACAAGUGAUAACAGCCCAGUGUCAGUUGUGCUAGUUUGUCGUCGAGGUAAUGACUCUCAGAAUGCAGUCAGGUCCCUUCAAGAUUCCUUGUCAGACUGUAAUGUAACACUGAAGGACAUCCGUGGCGGCCUGCAUGCCUGGGCCAGACAGGUGGACAAGGAUUUCCCCGUUUACUGAAGGACAGCUGUGGAGGUCUGGGCCAGACAGGUGGACAAGGACCGUGUUAUGUGACACCGAGAGGAACACUUGUGAUGGGAUACUUGUAGAAAAAUUACACUUAAGGUGUUAACAUGCAUCUUUUCCAUGGUUUGGUUGCGGGAACAUUCCUUGGCACAUAAAAAUAAUCCCCCCACGAUUUUGAUGCACAUAAUUUAACCAGGAUAUGAUUAUCACGUACAUAGACAAGAGCCAUCACAGAUCAAGAGGAGGAAAUAGUCUGAGACCAUGAAGAUCUCCCCAUAUAGGUUUGGUGCCAAUUGUUGACUUGCACAAAUAUGUAUUGGGUAGAUAUUGAUAAUAACAAUUGAAUUCUUGUAUGUAUAUGUCAUUUUAUUUACACAUCCAUGUACAUAUAAGGAAGAGUUAUUUCUCUGA